AUGAAGCACCUUUCUAGGCUGAAGAAGAAAUUGCGGUCCUCAGACUCGGCCAAUGAAUGCUCGCCUCAGCCAACAUCUGUACCCGCAGCAGCUUCAACCAGCCAGAUCACGACUCCAUCAAGCCAUCAGGCCAGUGGAUCUUCUCUGACAGUACCGAUCAUGGGUUCUUCGCCUAUCUCAUCACCAUCCAAUGCGGCGCCCGAGCCACAGAUUGUCUCAUCGCCUCCAGAGGAACCGGAGAAUAAUACUCCGAGCAUACCUGAGCGACUGUGGAGCAAAGCCUACAACAUCCUCGAGGAGAAAGAACCAGACGUCGUCAAAGGGUACCAGGAGAUCCUGGAGCGAGUGCAGAAUGAGUGGGCCGAUGCAGCGGCUCCCGAGGAGCUCCAGAACCUGGAGCACUGCAAAAGCGUCAAAUCACGUCAGAUGUGGAGAUUGGUCUAUUCCGGGCUUGAGAGGUCUAAGAAGCAAGCCAAAAUCAAGGAGAGUGUAUCAAAUAUCAUGGAAACCAUUGACAAUCUCAAAGGAGUGGUGGAUAAGGCUGUAAAAUACUCCUCUGAAGCCUCAAUUGGGUGGGCGGGGGUCAGCCUUGGCUUAGAGAUCCUAUCAAAUCCCAUGAAGGAACCAGGACUGAAUCGAAAAGGCAUAGCAUAUGUCCUAUCGCGAAUGGAGUGGUAUUGGAACUUGGCUGAGUUAGUCCUCCAGGAUAUCUCCAGCGUUUCAUCUGCCGCGUUGAGAACCAACUUGGAAACUCAGAUCAUAGAGUUCUACAAGAAGCUUCUCGUGUUCCAGAUGCGAAGUGCUUGUCUGUAUUACCGCAACUGGGCAGGUGUUAUCCUCAGGGAUGUAGUCAAGCUUGAUGAUUGGGCCGGGGAGCUCAACAGCAUCAAAGAUGCAGAACGUCAAAUUCGCAAGGACAUAGAACAGUACGAUAACCAAGAUAUCCGCUUGAAGCUCGGUACGAUCGAAACAUCCGCAUUAGUACAAGCUGAGUCGCUCGAGUCCAUCUACCUGAUCCUCAGAGAGGAGGCACGAUUGAAAGAAAAGAGUAAGCAAGAUGAAAGAGACAAGGAUUGUCUUGCCGCCUUAUUGGUCACGGACCCUCGCAUGGACAAGAAAAGAAUCCAAAGUCAAAAGGGGGACCCACUGAAAGAAUCGUAUGAAUGGAUCCUGAGGAGCGACGCCUACAACAAAUUCCUCGAUGAUCCGUCAAGUCGAGUUCUGUGGAUCAACGGACCGCCUGGAAAGGGCAAAACAAUGCUACUUUGUGGGAUCAUCGAUGAGCUUGAAAUGAGUCUAAGGCCUAUCUCCUUCUUCCUAUGUCAAGCAAACGUCAAAGAGGAGGACUUGUCCAGCGACGUUGCCGUUAUAAGAGGUUUGAUCUAUGUUCUUCUCGAGCAUCAGCCGUCUCUGAUAUCAGAGCUUCGUCGGAGCUACGAUAAGCAAAAGAACAGACUCUUCAACAGUAUCAACAGCAGUGAGCUUCUGAGGGACAUUUUGACCACUAUGCUUCAAGACCCGAGUCUACAUGACGCAAUAUUGCUCGUGGACGCUCUGGACGAGUGCACAAUCAACAGAACAAAACUCACCAAUCUCAUCGUGGAGCUGUCUGAGUCAUGUAAGACCAAGUGGAUCGUCUCGAGUCGCAACUGGCCUGAGAUCAGUCAAGAACUUGCAGAUGCAGCAGGGCUGAUCUCGCUUGAUCUUGAACAAGAGCAUGAAUCGAUCUCUCAGGCUGUCAAGUUAUAUAUCAGCAAGAAGGUUGAUGAUCUGGCAAAGAGGAAGUGGAAGAAUGACCUGGGGCUGAAAGGAAAAGUCUUCAAUUAUAUGCAGUCUCAUGCCGAUGAUACAUUUCUUUGGGUAGCCUUGGUUUGCGACAGAUUGGACAACUCUGGGAUCAGCAAACGCCUGGUCAUAGAGGAGCUACACAAGUUUCCGACGAGCCUUACAGCCCUUUAUCAGGCCAUGAUGAACCGAAUAACGAAUUCUCCCGAAGCUGAUCGGCUGAAGCAGAUCCUGGCUCUAGUUUGUGUUGCUUACCGCCCGAUAACAUCAGACGAGAUACCGGCACUCGUCGAGCCCAUGGCUGCCUACGAUGAAGACGAUGUGAAAGACGCCAUAGCCUCUUGCGGCUCCUUCUUGACACUCCAGGAUAAAGAUAUAUUCUUCGUGCACCAAUCCGCCAAGGAGUUCCUUCAGAGCCAAGCUCGUACCACGAUAUUCCGUCGUAGCGAGGCACACCAGCAUGCGCACAUAUUUUCAAGAUGCCUUGAGGCCAUGGAAAACACCCUGAGAUAUGAUAUAUAUGACCUCGGUUCUCCAGGUGCUCUCAGCCCGGUUGACGUCCCAAAUCCCGAUCCAUUACGUGCUAUCAAAUACUCAUGCGUAUAUUGGGCGCAACACUUGUCCAAGUCGGAAUUCCUACAGGACCCAGAGUCCUUUAGCCCCACAAGAUUGCUAAGAUUCUUUCAGUCGAAGUUCACAAAUUGGUUGGAGGCACUAAGUCUCAUGAACGAAUUGUCUACAGCAAUUGCAAGUAUGCGCCUGCUGGAAAUCACAUUCGCCGGCUAUCAAGUGCAGGAUCUCGCCGAUUUCAUUCAUGACGCUCAUCGAUUUAUCCGCCAUCACAAACGAGCUAUCGAAAUAGCUCCUCUUCAGGUAUACUGCGCUGGGCUCAUCUUUAGCCCCAAGAGCAGUGUAAUCUGUCAACAAUUCUCUUACCAGAUGCCUGAAUGGAUGGUUGUCAAGCCAGAGAUGGAUGACCAUUUGGAUCAUCACACCCAGACGAUCUAUACUCAUCCUGAUGCAUUUCACGCCAGUCACUCUCCUGAUGGCUGCUACCUAGCUGUUUCGCAUAUGUCGGAUUUUGAUCUCUAUAGGACAGCCUCAGGUGAUUUAGUUCAUCGAGAGGAGAGCCCCGUGCCAACUAUUUCUAACGUAGCAUUUUCUCGAGAUGGGCUAUUUCUAUGCUGUAGCAGCUCUGAAGCCAUCUUUAUCCUUUGUGUAAACACGUUGAAGGUGAUACAGAAGCUGGAACACAAGGCAUACCAAUGCUUCUUCUUGUCAGAGGGUAACAAUAUUGCAUUCAUGUAUGAACAAGAUGUUACCGUCUUGAACUGGAAGACUGGAGAGGUUCUCUCUAGUCUGGACUUAAUCAUCAGAGAAUCCAGCAACAUAGCCUCAUUGACCGAAACUCAGAUCGUCGGGAUCUACUCAUUUGAAACGAUCAAGAUCUGGGAUUUAUUCACAGGCGAUUGCAAGCAUAGUUUCACUUGGGCCGAUGAAGAGAUUGAUCCUGUUGCCUGCUCAUCAGAUGGGCGUUGGAUUGCAGCAGCGUCAGAGUCUCAUAUUCGACUCUGGCACUUGGAUGAUACGCUAGGCUGGGUUCACAAACAGGACUUGAACGACGAGCAUUCCGUGGGUUGUCUCGCAUUCUCAGAAAAUAGCCGUAUGCUCAUCUCAGGCUUGCAUGACAUCAAGGUCUGGGAUGAGACGGGGGCCUGUGUUAAAGUACUCAAAGGACACUCUCAGCCAAUUCAAUUUUUAUCAGUAUGUGGAAAUCAGUUGGCAUCUGGAAGCGGGGAUGAAACUGUUAAGCUUUGGGACUUGUCUGAUAUUGCUUCGGACCAAUCUAAGCAGAAAGGGCGAUCCCCGGUUCAGACAAGUGAUUACUCACCCCGAACAUCUCUGCAAAAUUCUUACCAUGACAAAGAUCUUUGGAUUGAGAGCCUCCUAUUUUCCCCUACUGGCAGUAUGUUAGUAUCGGCAUCAUAUAAAGCAACGCAAAUCUGGGAUACAGCGACAGAUACCUGCACAGACAUCCUUCUUCACGGUGGGUCAUCGGGCCUUAUGGAGGUAAGCUUCACAUGUGAUGAUAAACUAAUGGCAAUGAAGGACGUGAAUGGCAAGCCCAGGAUUUGGGACACGGGAGUCAUGAAACAGGUUUAUUUUGAGGAUCUGGAAUAUUCGAAGUCUGUGACCAUAUCCGACGAUGGACGUUAUAUGCUAUUGUCAUUUUUUGGUCUCGACAAUGACAGAGAAACUGUGCUGAAAAUCAAGGACUUGAUCAAAGAUGCUCAAACAGAACAGCAUGUUGCAUCCGAGGUUCUGCCUUUCAAAAUAGCUGGGGAUGUCAGACGCUUUUUUAAUUCCGAAGAUGGGAAAGUAUUGGCAAUUGCCAAUGAUGACGGGCUAUAUAUCCUGCGUUGUAAAUUGGGACACUGGGUCAAGGAACAAGUUCCAUAUCAUUGGGGGGAAAUUGCUUGGGCAUUCUCGCCAGAUAAUACGUGGCUUUUGACACAGCAAGUAUCCCGGAGCAUCUGGGCUAUCAGGGAAGUGACUUCCCACUACGGUAAGAAAGAACUUGAAUCUCUUAGAGCCAAUGCUACAGCGUGCGAUACCCCGCUACUCGAGGAGCCCUGGUGGAGGGUAGCCACGCGAUAUGGUUUACUGGCAAUUGGUGAACCUAGAGAUUUCAAGGGCACUGCGCGGAUUGGAUGGGGUUUGUCCCUCGAAAUGGAUUGGAUUAUGCGGGGGAAUGAACGAAUGCUUUGGAUACCUGCUGACUAUCGCCGGAUGGCGUUGGAUAUCAACAAUUCGCGAGUCGCUUUUGUUUGCCUUUCCGGCGAGAUAAAAAUCAUGAGGUUCCGAUAG